GAGACGUGUGAUGGGGGGGUGGGGAAGAGGGGGGCACAGUCGCUAAAGAACCAGAAAAUGAGUUCAUGCUUGACGGCUUUGACUUCAGCACCAGUGUGAGUAUGUGUCAAGCCCUGGCAUCAGACGAAGAAGAUGAUGACGAGUCCACUCACUACAGAGGAGGGAGGAGAGGGCCACUGCCUCACACAGCAGAUAAUCCCGGCAAACUCUCCUCGACUCUGAUGAAGACACUGAGACUGGGAGAAGAGGAGGAAGCCUAUCGUCAUUCGGGUGGCCACCCAGCCAAUGCGCUGACACUGGACGAGGUCCACGAGAGAGAGAACAUCAGCCACGCCCCCCACUCCCCCUUGUCUUACUCGGAGACCGCUGACCAGAGUGCCUUCAACAGACUGGUGGCAGUCCUCCAGUCCUCCGGAGCCAUUCAGGACGAACCUCCUCAGCCUCCUCUACCACACAAGCUCCCCAGACCUCCAGUUCCACUGACAAUGCCCCAUCAUCACAGACUACAGGACUACUCCAUGUCAGGGAGACUGAGGGGAAGCGUGGAGGUGUGGAGCCAGGGAGUUCGGAUACAUGCGGAGAAAGAGAUGAGGUUUGACGAGGAUUUUGCCGGCGGCUCCUCUUCCUCCUCUAACCUCCCUAUGAGAGGAUCCCGCCCAUGGCUCGCCACCAUACAGAGACCCCCAUUUACCCAACUCGUCUCUGCUGAGAGACGCCUACGGGCAGCACGCAAAACAUCAUCUUUCCCACCACCACACGCCCGC